AUGGAACAGAUUUUUCAAGCAAUUAAAGUCGAUAGUGGUGAAAUAGAUAGUUUAACUCCGAUUAGUAUUCUACUGAAGAACGAUAUAGAAAUAAAAAGCAAUGAGUAUAAUGAACUGGACAAAUCAUUCAUGUAUACGCAAUUACUUAAAGAAAUUCUACUCGAUAUAGAACAUGAUUAUACAGCAAAAAAUACUGUGGUUGAAUAUUGUCGUCUUCAAUAUGCUGAUAAUGAAUUUCAAUUGAGUCUUAUCGAUGAAUUUGAUUUAUAG